AUGCGAGCCAUCCAGUUCACCUGCGGCGUCGCCCUCGGCGCGGUCCUCGCCCUGGUCUGGGUCGCACGCGAACACGAAGCGCCGCCGUUGCGCCGCCGGCUCGCCGACGAAAACUGCGUCGCCGGCGCGGGCUGGACGGGCUUCAAGCGCGCGGAGCGCUACGCGGCUUUGCAACACGUCGACGCGGACAACGCGAACCACAAGCGGCCCGGCGACGUCUACGCGAGCUGGCGCGGCCCCGCGAACGCCUGGGUCCUGGGGACCAACGGCACCUUCGACGGCGGCGAGAACGCGCUCAUCCCCGAGGCCUGCGCGGAGCUCGACGUCGCGGUGCCCGGCGCGGGCCACGUCUACCGCUACGUCGCCGAGGGCGGCGCCUGGGCGCCGCUGUCGCGCUACGAGUCGGGCUACACCCUCGGUCCCAUGCCGGAGAAACACCGAGUCCGCGCGCGGGAGCUGCUCGCGACGCUGAUGUCGCAGAUCGACGCCGUGCGCGGCGAGCUCGCGCCGAUCCUCGCCGAGGCCGCGAAACACACGCCCGCGGCCUACGCGCGGACCAUGGGCGACACGUCCAGGGGCGCGGUCCUCGUCAUGGCCAUCAACUGGGGCAACUUCGACCUCCUGCUCAAUUUUCUGCGGUCCGCGUGCGACCGGCGCGUCGACGUGCGGAAUUUGGUCGUCUUCGCCGGCGACGACCGCGUCUACGGCGCGCUCAAGGACGUGGGCGUUUUAACGUUCAAGCACGAGGCGCUCGGCGAGUUCGGCGAGGCGGCGGCGCGCGUCUACGGCGACCGCACGUUCUCGACGAUGAUGUGGUUGAAGAUGACGUCCGCGUAUCUCGUCAACGACCUCGGCUACGAUUUGCUGUUCCAGGACGCGGACCUCUACUGGUGGCGCGACCCCUGGGCCUACUUCGCCGCGCGGCCCGACGUCGAGACGUUCUGGAUGGACGACGGCGCGCGGACCGUGCGCUUCGCGCCGGCGUUCCCGAAUACGGGAUACUACGCGGUGCGCGCCACGGACCGCACGGCCAAGUUCCUCGGGGAGGUCCUCAUGCUCUACGAGUUCGUGCUCCUGCGGAGCUCGCAGCAGGUCGUCGUCACGGAGCUGCUCGCGGAGCACCACGCGCGCUACGGCCUCACGUUCAAGCAGCUGCCCUGGUGGAACUUCCCGUCGGGCAAGCACUUCCACCACAACAAGGCCUUCUUCUCGACCGUGCUCGACGGGUCCUACGAGCCCUACUGCUUCCACAUGUGCUGGACGUCGGGCAAGGUGGACAAGCUCAAGUUCCUCAAGCAGGCGAAGCUCUGGCUCCUCGAGCCGGCCUGCGACCUCAAAGCCCUCGCCGACGCGGCCCCGGAGGUCCGGCGGAGCUGCGACUUACACCUCGCGACGUGCCGCGCGCACGACGGCAUGGCCUGA